UCCUACCGCCGUGAGUUAAAUCAACUCUUGUCAGACAUCUUGUUGCUGAACAGCCAGACAUCAUCUUACUGUUCACUGGCAACAGCUUGCAAUUUAGAAUUUUUUUUUCAAUAUCCUUCAUAAAGUUCUUAUUGGUUUUAAUAAAAACCUAUAAGUCCGUUGUUUGCUGGAGCGGCUUCGCGGAGAACACAAAGGAUUCUCAGUAAUGAAUCCUGUACUGACACUUCUAGAAGUUUACACACAUGAGGUGUUCUUUAUGGGGUUCUUAGUGGAGUCAUCCCCUGCCGUGGAAUUGAACCCUGCACCCUUGUAAUGGAUUUAGAGGGCUCGAUGGAAGAGAGAGAGGAGAAGUGUUCUUUAUGGGGUUCUUAGUGGAGUCAUCCCCUGCCGUGGAAUUGAACCCUGCACCCUUGUAAUGGAUUUAGAGGGGUUGAUGGAAGAGAGAGAGGAGAAGAUGAUACGGCAUUUGAAAAGCAGAGUGCCUUGUUUGCCCUUGCUAUUUCUUAUAUAGUUUUAAUAAACAUGUGGUGUCAUGAUAUUAGCCAUGAGCAAGUAGCAAAUAAGCCUCUCUUGAAAACUGUUUUCCAGGUCAUGAUGAGAUUAUUUAGUCUCUGUAAAACUACCCUACUAUUUGUUAUACGUGACAAAACAAGGACACCCCUUGAAAAUUUGGAGCCUGUUUUAAGAGAAGAUAUUCAGAAGGAUCAAAUUAUUCAUUUAUUCACAGGCAAACAAGGCUAUUGGCAAGAGACAAAAUCAAUCAUGAGCUUAGCUUCAAUUCAUCCAUCAAAAGUAAGGUGCACAAGUACCGCCAUUCAACCACCAACCAACAACAAGGAAGUGUUCACAAGUUCAUGCAAGGAAAGCAAUUACCCAAGAAUUAUGCACAAUGAAUCAUCCAAGUGGCAGUUGUUGGUAAAUGUUGGCCAUGAGAGCCACUGUGAUCUCUUGCACACCCAUGUGACCGCGCUCAGUGAUGCGCACCCUUUGGGAGUUCCUCACAAUUCUUGUAACAUAAGGACCCAAGAAGAUAGCGCGCACCUUGGUGGUCCGCUAGUUGUUAAACAAGUGCCCAAUGAUCAUCCCCAUAUGCAGUCGCUAGCGCCUGAUCAUCCCAUAUAAGCAUAGGAUGUCAGGAUGGGUCAAUACACCAGUAGAAUCAUAAUGCCCACAAACAUAUCGGGUCAGGACAUGGUGCAUAAAUUUGUGGGCCAUGUUUGUGAAGCUUGAGGCCGGGUCAGGACAUGGUGCAAAAAUUUGUGGGCCAUGUUUGUGAAGCUUGAGGGCCGACUCGCGGAGGUUCUAAAAUCAGUGGUCCUAUCGGUCAAUUCCUCCCAAAGGGCUUGCUUAGACUCUUGUGUGAUACUCACAACCCUGUCAUCUUUCUCCUCCUCAUCCAGAUUUUGAAUGUCAUCCAUAUCCAUCAACCGGCUAAUUUUGUCCGCGCUCAAGUGGAAUCCGAUGGCCCCUGCUGUGUUGUCAUGACUUCUAGCAACAGGUCAGCAUGAAUCUCUUCUCUGAAAUCAAGCAGUAGAGCCCUCCAUUCAGGUAGGGCUAACAUUGAUACUAUCUCCUCGUGGACCCCAUAGUGUUGGGCCAUGACCAUGUUGAUUACAUAGGGCCUGAAAAUCUUCUACUUGUUGUACCAAUUGUAACGCUCAAUGUGAUCUGUUGCACGGAAGUUCAAUGUUCCUGACCCAUGGAUGGGUGGGAUCUCAUCGGAUGGCUUUGCAGUGACUGUUUUCUUUCGUUGCGGUCUGCAAAAAGAGAGUCAAAGGAAAAACACAGUUGUGGGUGUAUGGGUUAGGACAUGUACUCACUCAAAUGGACUAUAUUGUAUCAAGAUUGGGAAAAUAAGGGUUCAAAUCAGUGUUAUCCACAGGGCUAUGUUCAAGAUUUUUGGCAAUUCAACUCAUGUACAAGUAUAAAUCUUCAAAAACACCACUUCAUAUUCAAGUAAUUUCUUAAUCACACCUCUCAACUAAUAUCUAUGCCAAAACUUUUUUUUUUUUUUGGGUUUUCAUGAAGACAUAUACUCGAAAAAAUUAAGAAGUUCAUCAUCUACAAUGUUUCCUAAGCUUAGAACUAACAAAACCCACAUUAAUAUUCAAAAUAUAUGCACAAGAACAAGUUAGGACAAGUGGGUUUGCUAGAUUAGUUCUCUAAAACCAAAUGUGAACACCAUGAAAGCAUAAAUGAAGCAUAUAUACAUGAAUAAGGAAAUUAAGACCAAAAUCAUGCUUAGGUAACUAGAUUUCAUCAAAUAAGAUCAAGAACUAGAGCUUUUAUUUACAAAAGAACAAAAAAUGAAUAAAUUAAAGAGAGAGGGAAUGAAAGAUAUUUAGUUCAAACCUUGGUGCCAUGAGUAAAGAGAAGAAAGUUGGAGAAGAAGCUUGAAA